CGCUGCGCGCCUCACAGGGGGGAGUGUGCGCGUGCACGUGCACGAGUAGUGUGUGUGUGUGUGUAGGGGGAGGGGGGAUGCUCCUCCGGGAUCGCGCAGGCAUGGAGGCGCGUGCGUUGCAGCAGUGGAUGCUCCACGCGAGACGUUUCCCGGCUGUUUUUGUAUUUCCCUCACGAGAAGACGCAUUUGGCACGUUUUGGCACAAAAACACGCGAGCGGCAACGGCGAGAGGAGCGCCCCACACCCGCACCCCCACGCCCACAUCUGCUGAGCAGCCCGGACACCAGCUCCCCUCCCGGGGGGGACUUUUCGCGGGAGACUUCCCGCGCGAACACCAAGAAAGAUCGUGUAACUUUAUGUAGGUCACGUCGCCUCCACGCCACGAUAACAGCGAUCAUCGUUGGGGGGAAAAAAAAAAAAAAAAAAAAAAAAAAGACUGCUAAUAAUCGAUGCUCCGCUCCGGACCCACGGAGGGAGGCGGAGCGCGCCGGGCGCCGCGCCCGCUCGGCGGCCAGUGAGGGCGCGCCAUGCCGGACACGCUGCACGCGCUGCUCCUCCGCGGCAACCGCACGGCGGAGCCGCGGACGCUGGCCGCGGAGGAGAGCGGCGGCCGGCCCGCGUGGGUCAUCGGCAUCCUGGCCAGCGUGCUGAUCUUCACCACGGUGGUGGACGUGCUGGGCAACCUGCUCGUCAUCAUCUCCGUCUUCCGCAACCGGAAGCUGAGGAACUCCGGUAACGUGUUUGUGGUGAGUCUGGCCUUCGCGGACCUGGUGGUGGCGUUCUACCCGUACCCUCUGGUCCUCUACGCGCUCUUCCACGACGGCUGGGCGCUGGGAAACACUCAAUGCAUGGUCAGCGGGUUCCUGAUGGGCCUGAGCGUCAUCGGCUCCAUCUUCAACAUCACGGGCAUCGCUGUCAACCGCUACUGCUACAUCUGCCACUCCUUCUCCUACAGCCGGCUGUACAACUACCGCAACACGCUGAUGCUGGUGGCCCUGAUAUGGCUGCUGACCGUGGUGGCCCUCGUGCCCAACUUCUUCGUGGGCUCCCUGCGCUACGACCCGCGCGUCUACUCCUGCACCUUCGCCCAGAACGUCAGCAGCUCCUACACGGUGGCGGUGGUGGUGGUGCACUUCCUGGUGCCCAUCGCCGUGGUCACCUUCUGCUACCUGCGCAUCUGGAUACUGGUCAUUCAGGUGCGACGCAAAGUCAAGACGGAGGAGAGUCCCCGCCUCCGACCCAGCGACCUGCGCAACUUCAUCACCAUGUUCGUGGUCUUCGUGCUCUUCGCCAUCUGCUGGGCGCCGCUCAACCUGAUCGGCCUGGCGGUGGCCAUCGACCCGUCGCGCGUGGGCCCGCUCAUCCCCGAGUGGCUCUUCGUGGUCAGCUACUUCAUGGCGUACUUCAACAGCUGCCUCAACGCCGUCAUCUACGGCCUGCUCAACCGCAACUUCCGCAACGAGUACAAGCGCAUCGUCACCUCCGUCUGGGUCACGCGCCUCUUCGUCACCGAGACGUCGCGGGCCGCCACCGAGGGCCGCAGCCUUCGCAGCAAGCAGACGCCGCCGCCGCCGCCGCCCACGCCGCCGCUCAACAACAACGAGUCGGUGCGGGACCGCACCAAAAAGAACUGAAAAACAUCCCGGAUCUUUGUUUCCCUCAAGUGCUUGGCGCCGUUUCCACGGCGACGACGCCAAAAACAAUGUGAACGCUACAUCGGUAUCACGUGUGGCGUCCUUUUCUCACGCCGACCAUCGACUUCCGAAGCCUCAAAUCGUCCGACUCGCCUCACCGGCGCACCACCUUAGUAACAAAAAGACGGGGGGGGGGGGAUGAUGUCAUCGGGCGACGCCCUCUCGCCAGCAGGAAGUGAUAGGAAAAACUACAGUUGGAGCUAAAAACAUGGCGGACAUUCUGUCUACAUCAGACAGACGCACCUCGGUUUGGGUCUACCGCUCCACAAGGUCCAACUAAGACCAGAUCGUGCAAAAACUGAAUCAGAAAGAAAUCAUGGAAACCAAACACCCACAAAUAGAAAGAAAAAACAAAAAAUGUACUGUGUUUCUCACCAUCUUUAUCAAAGUGCUGGCACUCGCCACUUUUUUUGGCCCCAUGGUGGAUUAUUUAGAAGGAAAAAAAAGUAAGAUUCUGAGUCUGAUUGAACCAGACUUUCUUUCCUUUUCGUAAUCUG